AUGUCCAAGCGUCAUCUCUUUGACUCCCCCGAGGGCCUCGUCAACAAGGCCCUCAAGGGCAUCAUCCGCUACAACCCCAGCCUCAGCUUCGACGAGGCCAAUCGCGUCGUCUUCGACUCGGACUAUGAUAAGUCCAAGGUUGUCCUCAUCUCCGGCGGUGGCUCCGGCCACGAGCCCGGCUGGAGCGGCUACGUCGGCCAGAACAUGCUCACCGCCGCCGUUCAGGGCGACAUCUUUGCUAGCCCUAGCACCAAGCAGAUUGUCGCCGGCGUAGACGCCGUCCCCAGCGAAAAGGGCACCAUCCUCGUCAUCACAAACUACACCGGCGACUGCCUGCACUUUGGUCUUGCCAACGAAAAGGCCAACGCCAAGGGCCACCAGUGCCGCACCAUCAUCUGCGGCGACGACGUCUCCGUCGGCCGCAAGGGCAGCCUGGUGGGCCGCCGCGGUCUCGCCGGCCAGAUUGGUGUCCUCAAGGUCAUGGGCGGCGCGGCCGGCGCCGGCGCCUUGCUCGACGACGUCUACGACCUCGGCGUCGCCUUCUCCCAGCAAAUCGUCUCCAUUGCCGCGACGCUGGACCACUGCCACGUCCCCGGCCGCGCCGAGCACGCCAUGCUCAAGGAGGACGAGGUCGAGCUCGGCACCGGCCCGCACAACGAGCCCGGCUACAAGAAGCUCUCCCCCGUGCCCACGCCGCAGGACCUCGUCAAGCAGAUCCUUACGCACUGCCUCGACGAAAAGGACCCGGAGCGCGGCUACGUCAAGUUUGCCCCCGGCGACGAGACCAUGCUGCUCGUCAGCAACUUUGGCGGCAUGUCGCACCUGGAGAUGGGCGCUCUGGUCGACGAGCUCCUCGAGCAGCUCGAGCGCGACUGGAAGAUUGACCCGGCGCGCGUCUGCGCCGGCUUCCUCGAGACGUCGCUCAAUGCGCCCGCCUUUUCCGUCUCCGUCAUCAACGUCAGCGCCGCCGCCCGCGACUGCAGCUACUCGGUCGACGAGAUCAAGGCCUUCUUCGACGUCCGCACAAACACGUACUGGGAGUCGGUUGCCGGCGCGCAGUCCAAGCGCCGCAGCCGCAAGGACCAGCUCGUGCAGGCGCCCAUGGCCGAGCACAAGACGGCCGACGACGCCCGCGACCUCAAGGCCGACCCGACGCUGCUCGAGACGAUGUUGCGCACCGCCUGCGACGACCUCGUCAAGGCCGAGCCCGACCUGACCAAGUGGGACACGGUCAUGGGCGACGGCGACUGCGGCGAGACCCUCAAGACGGGCGCCACCGCGUUGCUCGCCGCGCUCGACGGUGGCCUCGCCAAGAAGGGCUCCGUCGUCUCCGUACUGCUCGAGCUCGAGGAAAUUGUCGAGAGCAAGAUGGGUGGCACGCUAGGCGGCAUUCUCGGCAUCUUCUUCGUCUCGCUGCGCGCCGCCGUCGAGAAGAACAUUGCCGUGGCCGCGUCCGACGGGCCCGUCGCGCUCUGGGGCAAGGCCCUCGGCACCGCGCUCGAGAACCUGCGCCGCUACACGCCCGCCAAGGUCGGCGACCGGACCGUCAUGGACACCCUUAUGCCCUUUGCCGAGGUCAUGGGCCAGUCGGGCUUCGACAGCGGCGUCGACGCCGCUGUCAAGGGCGCCGAGGCGACCAAGAGCAUGACGCCCCGCCUGGGCCGCGCGACGUAUGUCGGCGGCGGCAGCAGCGGCGGCGAGAACCAGGAACUGCCCCCCGACCCCGGCGCGUGGGGAGCCAUGGUCGUCAUUGCGGGUCUGCGCAAGGCUUUCAGCGGCAAGAACUAA